AGCAAGAACCAACAAAGACAACAAUUGCCGAAUCGAAUCUCAGUAAAGAUUGUUCGUUUCUUCUGUAAUGAAACCUAGAAUAAUUUUUAACAUAGUUUCAAUGAAUCAGUACGGUAUUUGGAGUAAACAAAACUCGAUAUUCGCUAACUUUGAAAUCUUGUUGGAAUAAGGAAGAAAAAUUGAAAAUUCAGUGUACAAGAAGAACUAUGCAAAAAUGUCACAGAACACCUCUUCUAUGGUAAAGACUGUACGAUACUGUGCACAGUGUCAAUCAUAUUUUCAAGGUACAUUAGGAUCCCAUGUGAAUACAGAAAAUCACAAAAACAAUCUGAGACUGAUGGACUGGAGACUUCUCAAGGAAUUCAUUGAGCCCUUUGUUGUUAAGACCCGUGAUUCAAGAAAAGAAUACUAUUUGUGUUUAGCUUGUCGCUGUACGAUGCCGUGUAAUCCAAAGUAUUUUGAGUCACACACAAGUGGUAAAAACCACUUAAACAAUAUGGAGAAAUGUUUGAAUAUUUUGCCAGUUCAAGAUAACCAGUUUUAUUGCGCCGAUUGCGACUUUGUCAUCACAAAUUAUAAGGGUGUGAAAUUUCACAUUAACACCAGAAGUCACAUGACUUCACGUACCAUAAAUAUGGAUUAUAGACUGUUCAAGCGUACAACAUGGGAAUCCUUUGUUUACCCUUUCAUCAUAGAGAAAAACGAUCAAGAGUUUUAUUGCAUGGUCUGUGAUUCGUCAAGUUCCAACAAACAUUCUUUGAGGGUCCACGUUGAGAGCAGCAUUCAUACAAGGACAGUUCAGUGUUACAAGCCACAUCUGAUUCCUCUUGAGAACAAUUUUUUCUGUUGCCAACUAUGCAAUGUUGUAUUUCCAUUCGAUGCCAACAUGCAAACUCACCUGAAGAAACAUUGUCACCUGAAUAACUACAAGAAUAGUACCAGCACAGACUGGUCCAUUAGAAAGGAUUUCAUAACACCGUUUAUUUAUCAAGCAGGUGAGAAUGACUUUUACUGCAUAAUAUGCGAUUUACCAAUGAAGAGCUACCUAGCUCUGGAAUCUCACAAACAAGGGGAUGUUCACAAUGAGGUACUGGAGUGCGAGAUCAAAAAUAUUCUGCCUUCGAAAAACGGAUGCUUCACUUGCAGCUUAUGUCAAUGCGUCAUUCCGAAUCAACAUAAAGUCGGUCUACAUCUCACAGGAAUUCAACACAUUAAAAAGUCAGGAGUAAUUACAGUUAGUCGCAGAAAAAGACUGAAGAUUGUGAGUUGGGGGUCAAUCAAAAAUUGCAUCGAACCCUUCUUGCUAAGCGAAAACAAUGAUAACUUUUACUGCGUUCUCUGCGGUUCCAUCCUUGUUGGAAUAAAAGCGCUCGAGUCUCAUAUUUUGAAAGCUGUUCACAAAACUUCUCUUAUUCAACAGAGUUCCUUUCUUCACCCACUGGAUAAUGGCUCGUUCUAUUGUGCUCUCUGUGGCAAUUAUAUUCUGGAUUUCCGCAGAGUUAAUUCUCACAUCAGAGAACCGAAACACUCUUCUUUGUGGCCCACAGUCGCUGAACAGGAAAACAAAGACCAUGAAGGAAAAGGAAAAGAUGAGAACGAGAGAAAAGCUGAAAAAAGAAACGGAGUCGUGGUUGAUUCUCUUAACCAUACGGAUAUCAAAUCGAAAGCCAGUUCUGGCGUAUCAGCUCCAACCAAAGCUGGUUUUCCAAAGAGCUUGAAAGAUUUUGACGAGAGUUUGCUCAAUUUUCAGAAAAAACCUGAAUAUUCGGCCGAUUGUGCAAUAAAAUCAAAGCUUGAAAUCCAGCCGGAAAUGAAAUCCGAUCCGAACGAUUGCUUCAGAAAGUUCUUCGAAUCGUUCGAACGAUCAGAGUUGAAGGAGAUGUCGGGAUUCGAAUGCAGUUCUAAAGUCGUAGAAACUCAGCCACAACAGCAUACACGUCCUUCGGAUGAUUCGGUUCCACAGUGGGUAGAAAGUCUGAUGGAUUUGACUCGAAUUUUGUCGCAGAUGAGAGCGUCACCGAAAGUCGAUUCGAACGGUGGCAAGAGUUCAGAAAACAAGGAAAUAGUCAUUGAAAAGGAGUCCAAUGAAAAAAACUCGAGUUCCGUGGACCUCGAAAAGACGGCAAAGAAGAAAUAUUCGUCGGAACUACCCGUAAGAAGCGUAGCAAAAAAAAGUUAUCUGGAACGAGUCGCGAGUUUGUUGGAUUUCGAAGAAAACAUCUACGAUACGAGCGAGCAUACGAAGAGUGUGGAAUUGGGGCUUGAAUUGCGUUUCGUAAUUGACGAGAGCCGUAAUUAUUGUCUCGUUUGUCGUGAAAUCGUUACACGCAAUCGCGAUUCGGACAACUAUUUCGUGCAUCUGUGCACUUUGGAGCACACGCAACAGCUCAACAAAAUGGUGAAAAGCGCUGGAAAAACUUCGAGGUAUCCUCGGUGUUUGAGCGAGCUUUCGAUGGCUCUUGAGUUUGUAGAAAUGUUAUCGAACAAGCUCGCCAGAUGUCUUGUCUGCCAGAUCGACAUUCCUAACAAUGAUUGUUUCGUAUUGAAACAUAUCGAUGAUGAAAAGCACCGGAAAGCUAAGGAGCAAAUGCGCAUCGAAGCUAGUAAAGAGAACGCCGUAAUCAUGUCCCAAAUUCAUUGCGACUGGUACAAAGUACAAAAAUACGAGUGUAUCGCGUGCUCAAGAAAAUUCGACCUCGAGAUUGACUUCAUCGAACACCUGCUCGACGACGAGAAACACGCGAAUCAUACGAAAACCGCUGUCAACGACGGAGCUAAGAUGAUCUACGAAUUCUGCUCGAUUUGCGCGCUCAUUUAUUGCGCGUGUUCCAACGUACCGACGAACCACAUCGACUGCUCGUCGCACAGAUGGUUCGUCCGAAACGGGCCUUUCGUGGUCGACGAACUGCCUCGAUCUACGACGAAAUUAUUAAUCUCUCUCAACGCCAACGAAACUUUUCGGACGAUCGACAUCUCGCAUGAGAUCGAGGAAGGCUGCAAAGGUUCCAUCGUCAAAGCUUAUGGCAAAGGAACGGGUCACGACUACAAUUCGACUUUUGGGACUGAACCACCGCUCCAAGAUCUACAGUUUCUCAAGUUCUUCAAGAAAAUAUGUCCAGCGAGCGUCAACAUGAUAUCAUUUCUCAAGCAGUGGUUAGUGGAGUGUGAUUUAUUCGGGACUCGACAAAUCUCAAUCGUUGCUCUCUAUUGGUACGUGAUCCUGUACCUUGAAACGAUAUCGAUACUGCCGAGCAUCGCUACAUUGAACUCGAUGAAACUGUUCUGUCGUGAACUCGUAGAUUGGGAAAAAAAUUCAGAGAUGAAGAAACACGAAGGAUUCGUUCUGAAGGACCAUCUCAUUGGCUUUUUUUCACUUUAUACGAAUUUUGACUAUCGGUAUGACGUCGCGUGUCCGUUGCUUGGCAAGGUCAUCGAGAAACGAGCUUUCGCUGACAAUGUUAAUUAUUUACCGGAAGAUAUGAAGUCCUACGUAUCUUACAUGCGAAACAGAGAAUUUGCGGAACCGUUUAGAAUCGAUUCGGUAAUGUGUCUCCAAGACCCGUUCGAUUUGCAGCACAACCUGACCAAGUCAGUGUCCAAAUUUGAUUUGAGCAGGUUCCGAAUUUUUUGCUCAAAAAGUUUGAGUUUUUUGUGCGCUGAAACCUAAGCGCAUUUUUUUUUAAUCAUAUUACUACAAUUUGACUUAAUUUUUUAUUUAAUGUAUACAAUUGACAGCUCCAUUGUUAAAUCGUGCAAAAGUAGAGCCUCGACAGAUAAAUCAAGCCAUAGAUCCUCACUGGAUGAGAUCAAUUAUUCAACAAUCAAUUUUCUAUUUUAUUUUCGAAUCAUGGAUCAAAGUGUAUCAACCCAAUCAAUCACGAUAAUAUUUGGGUUCCUUACGCGUUUAGUGGUAAAAAAAAUUAUAAUCACUGAACUAUAUUCUUCUAUACUUUUUUGUUACGUGUCAUUUUCUGUCAUAUCAGUGUGGAACAAAGAUCUAUCAAUUAUCGAUAGAAUCGUCAGUGAGUGUACACGCUUGAAUAUUUUUGAAGUUCUGUUAUGAGGAAUUAAUGUUUUUUGUUGUCAUUAUCUGAAUAAAAAAAUG